AGUAUAAAAUUUUUAUAUCACCCAAAUACUUGAAUCUUGAUUUCUCCUAAACCUCUCCUCUUCGUAACUGAACUUCAAAUUUUCUCAGAGAUCGAAUCAUAUUUUCAGGGAAAAAAAAAAAAAAAAACCUUUCGUUUUUCCCAUAUCAGUUUCAUCUUAAAAGUAAAGCUUAUGUGUAACGUACAAAUCUAGAUAUAUAUAUAUAUCUAUCUGGGCAAUCCUUUUUCGUACUUGAAAUCGCAUUUUGUAAAUUUCUUAUCAUUAUUUCUUUUUUGGGCUCUUAAUAUCUAGAUAAUUCUGUACAGUGUGAAUAGUCUUAUUUGACGAGGAUUAGAUAAGGAGAUAUAGAUAUAUAGGUACACAAACGAAAGAUUUAUAGGUGAGAAGAGGUGAAAGAUUCAGGUGGGAUUUACUGAAAAAUCAGUCGGUAAAAUUUUAAUUUCAAGUAAAUCAAAGGUGCGAUGAAGCUUGGAUUGAAGUCAAGGUCCCGGAGGGUGGUUCAGGACAGCGCCGUGGCGGCGGCGGCGGCUGCUGCCGGAAAAAUGAAAAAUAGUAUCAGUGAUAGCAAGAAUUUGGAUGAAAAGUUAACAGUGGAUUAUUGUGGUUGGACAAGCUUGCCUUCAGAGCUAAUGAGGGAAGUUUUGAUGAAAAUAGAGGAGUCUGAAUCCAAAUGGCCGGAGAGAAAACACGUGGUGGCUUGCGCCGGUGUGUGUAAAAGCUGGAGGGAGACCAUAAAGGAAGUGGUCAAAACCCUGGAGGUCUCCCGGAAAAUCACUUUCCCGAUAUCUGUGAAGCAGCCCGGCCCAAGAGACUCCCUUAUCCAGUGUUUUAUUAAACGGAAUAGUUCUACGCAAACAUUCUAUCUUUACCUCAGUUUAUCUCAAGCGCUUGCUGAUGAUGGCAAGUUUCUUCUAGCUGCUCGUAAGUACAGGCGGGCCACGUGCACUGACUACGUAAUUUCCCUAAAUGCUGAAGAUAUGUCCAAGGGAAGUGGCACUUACGUAGGAAAAUUAAGAUCCAAUUUUCUGGGAACUAAGUUCGUUGUGUAUGAUGCUCUGCCUCCACACAUGGGAGCGAAAUUGGCCAAAAAUCGUUCCACUCGGAUGUUUAGCACCAAACAAAUUUUUCCUGGAGUUCCUGCUAGUAACUAUCCAGUAGCUCACAUUUCAUAUGAGUUGAAUGUGAUGGGAGCGAGAGGUCCAAGAAGAGUGCAAUGUGUUCUGGAUGCAAUUCCAGCUUCUGCCGUUAAACCUGGAGGUGUGGCUCCUACACGGAUGGAUUCCCGCGUCAAUGGUGUCGAUUCCUUUCAACAGACCCCUGCUUCCUGGUCAACAUCAAAUGAUUUGAAUACAGCCUUAUCUGAAACGUUGCAUGGCCAAAGUGAUGGAUCACUUGUUCUGAGAAAUAAGGCUCCAAGAUGGCAUGAGCAACUCCAGUGCUGGUGUUUGAAUUUUCAUGGUCGGGUAACUGUUGCUUCGGUGAAAAAUUUUCAGUUGGUGGCUUCUCCAGAUAGUGGCACGGUUGGAGCAGAACAGGGAAAGGUCAUCCUUCAAUUUGGGAAAGUCGGGAAAGAUGUGUUUACAAUGGACUACCUCUAUCCAAUAUCAGCAUUCCAGGCAUUUGCCAUUUCUCUUAGCAGCUUUGAUACUAAAAUUGCUUGUGAAUGAUAAGGAUUGAAUGGGAAAUUCAUUCGAUGUCAUGCAAUAACAUUUCAAAGGAACUUGUUGCGUUGUGGAAGGUGGGAAUGCAAAUAAGACUAGAAGAAGCAAAGCCUAUGUAGUCAAACUUUCUCAUUUCAAAGCUUGUCUAAAGUUUAGUUGUUCGAUGCACUAUGCAUUAAUGGGACGUCGUAAGUGUUCAAGAUUUUAGGGGUUUGUUCUAUACAUAGUUUUUCUAUCGUGUACAUGUACAUAAAAGGAUAUGUUUUCUAUACCCAUCUUCUCUUA